AGCUGAUCUGCGCGCACCGAGGGUCGCGGCUGCGCACGUGAACGCGCUGAAUCUCGCGGCGCUCAGUUACCCUGCUGCGGUGGACGUGGACCACCUGUGGGCGGAGCAUGGCCCGUUGGAAGGAAGGCGCCACCCUCCUGCUGGCUCUGCCGGUUCUGCUCAGCCUGCCGGCGGAGGCCCGAACUCACGGCCCGGGUCAAACCCAGCAUGACCACGAACGCCUCCAGAACAUCACGCUGGCUGUCAUUUUACCAGAGAACAACACCAGAUACCCGUGGGCGUGGCCUCGCAUCGGCCCUGCCGUGGACCGGGCCGUCAGGAACAUCAACGCCGACCCCACCCUCCUGCCCAACCAUCGCCUCGUGUACUUCUUCAAGAACAGCCAGGACAAGAAUGGCAUGUGCUCCGAGUCCGUCGCCCCGCUCAUGGCGGUGGACCUGAAACUCGCCUACAACCCGUGGGCGUUCAUCGGGCCCGGCUGCUCCUACAGCUCCUCCCCCGUCGGCCUCUUCACCACCCACUGGAGCGUCCCCAUGGUGACGGCAGGCGCCCCGGCCGUGGCGUUUUCCAGCGGGACGUACCUGUCCAUCACCAACACGGGGCCGACGCACAAGAAGCUCGGGCGGUUCGCGGUGCGGAUCUGCGAGCAUUUCGGGUGGCGGGAACAGGUGAUGGUCGUCUUCAGCGACAACAAGAAGGACGACCGGCCGUGCUACUUCGCCAUCGAGGGUCUGUACAUGGAGCUGAGCAACAUCAACAUCAGCGUGGAGGAAAGCGUGUUCGUGGAGGAGUCCGUGACCUACGCCCAGGUCCUCUCCAAAAUCCAGGAUAACGGGCGAGUGGUCUUCGUCUGCUGUUCUCCUGACGUCUUCAGGAAGUUGAUGGUUGAGUUCAGGCGGGAAAAUCUCACUCACGAGCAGUACGUCUUUUUCUAUCUCGACGUGUUCGCCGACAGCCUGAAAUCUGAACACCGCCAGCCGUGGCGCCGCGGGGACCGUGAGGACGCUAUUGCCAAGGAAGCCUUCCAGAGCGUGAAGAUCCUGACGUACCGAGAGCCUCAGAACGCCGAGUACCAGCAGUUUGUCCAGAACCUGAAGACGGACCAGCGCCGUAGGUGCUCCAGAGAAAGUGCUGAUGCCGGCGCUGUGACGUCAGAGCUCAGCCCCGGCGGCGGCUCUGAGCGUCAUCCUGCUGCAGCCAGAGCUGCAGACCAGCGUGUGAACCGCCACAGGAAGGAGGAGGCCAGGUGCAUUACUUACCUGCAGAAGGGCCGGCUUGCAGAGGAGAGGACAGGUGACGUCCUCCCUCUCCCCGUCUGCGGUGCACGCCAUCCUGCAGGAACACGGCAGCGAGCGAGCCGACUCCACAGAGCUCAUCGGCUCAGCGUCUGUGGGACGUUCUGGAAAAACCGUCACAGCAUCCCAGUGACCGUCAGAGGUCAGAGGCGUCUGAGGGGUCUGAGGGGUCAGGUGGAAGGCGUGAAAGGCUUCGGGGCUGUGAUGUCAGAGACGCUGGUCGUGACUGAAGCUGAGAGCUUCGUAUACGACGCGAGUCGUGAUGACGGAGACGUGAACGGCUCGCAGUCUCCCAUCAAAAUGAGGAGGCUGGCCUCCUCCUUCCCCGAGCUGAACCUCCCCUCUGUUUCCAGGACAGCUGUCACUGCACCCGGUCUGCAUGCAAAUGAAGUGUCGAUGAGCGCAGACGCCUGCAGGGCCGCCACGCCGGACCCUCGUCUAUCCCCGUGGUCUCGGAGGAACUGUGUACGGCCUCUUGACUCGAUGAGGCAGCAUACCGAGGCUCUGAUAAUCAGCAGAGACCCUGAGGUCAAAGGCCAACCCGCUGCUGCUGCUGAGUUUGUGCACUCAGUUGACGCCAUCACUCAGCUGCACUACAGCUGUGUCGGUGCUUCUCUGCACACUUUAACCUUCAGACGAGGAAUACGCUUCACCUGUGUACCUGUGUGCUUCUCCUCAGGUGUGACAGGGCUGCUCCACCUGGAUGAGAGCGGGGACCGAGAGACCGACUUUGCUCUGUGGGACAUUGUAGACACCAACAGCACCACCUUCCAGAUCGCUAUGGUGUACAGCACCACUGAGGAGCAUCUGACCGCCAUACCUGGAACACACCUGUACUGGCUGGGCGGAGCCCCUCCCCCUGAUUUUCCUGUCUGUGGCUUUAAGAACGACAACCAAGUCUGCCUCGCAAAGACCAUCACCAUCUACCAGAUGGUCUCCAUCGUGGUCGUCUUCUUCUUCAUCUUGAUCCUGACCAUCGCCAUCUUCAUCUACAGGAGGAUGAAGCUGGAGAAGGAGCUGGUAGCUCAGCUCUGGAGGAUCUCCUGGGACGACAUCCAGAUGAGCGACCUGAACAAGGUGCUGCGGAGCGGCAGCAAGCUCACGCUGUCACUGAGAGGCUCAAACUACGGCUCCCUGAUGACCGGAGACGGGAAUCUGCAGAUCUUUGCAAAGACCGGAUACCACAAGGGGAACAUCGUGGCCAUCAAAUACAUCAACAAGAAACGCAUCGAGCUCAACAGGAAGGUGCUGUUUGAGCUCAAACACAUGAGAGACGUCCAGAACGAACACCUGACCAGGUUCAUUGGAGCGUGCAUCGACCCGCCCAACUGCUGCAUCGUCACGGAGUACUGCUCCAGAGGCAGUCUGCAGGACAUCUUGGAGAACGACAGCAUCACUCUGGACUGGAUGUUUAAAUAUUCCCUCAUUAACGACAUCGUAAAGGGCAUGCUUUUCCUCCACAACAGCGUCAUCUUCUCCCACGGUAAACUCAAGUCCUCCAACUGCGUCGUGGAUAACCGCUUCGUCCUGAAGAUCACCGACUACGGUUUGUCCAGCUUUCGGUCUGAGAGCGACGCAGCGAGCGACGCUCACGCCUACUACGCCCAGAAGCUGUGGAUGGCUCCAGAGCUGCUCAGGAUGGAGCGUCCUCCUCCUCAGGGAACCCAGAAAGGAGACGUCUACAGCUUCGGCAUCAUCCUCCAGGAGGUGGCGCUCCGACGAGGAGCCUUCUACCUGGAGGGAGACCCGCUCAGCCCUAAAGAGAUCGUGGACCGCGUGAUUCUGGGGGAGUGGCCCUGCCUGAGGCCGACCAUCGACCCGCAGAGUGACCGCCCCGAGCUGGGUCAGCUGAUGGAGCGCUGCUGGGCCGAAGAGCCGACGGAGAGACCCGAGUUCAACCAGAUCCGAGUGCUGCUGCGCAAACAGAACAAAUAUUUGUCUGAAUACUGGACGCGGCGCUCUUCGGCUGUGGUGACCCUCGAUGUCGUGUUCGCGGCCUGGAUGGAUCUUCCACUUCACUAUUACGCUGUCGUCCUUGUCUGGAGUCCGUGUGAGGGGUGUGCACCGAGCGCACGUGUCAGAGAGGCCAUCCAAAGGUCCCGAGGUGCACACGGACAUUUUUUAUGGGCGGAGCCGCCUGCUCACACACUCAUGGCGCCGUAUUGUCUCUCUGUCAGUUCGGUGGCCGAGCAGCUGAAGCGUGGAGAGACGGUUCAGGCUGAAGCCUUCGACUCGGUCACCAUCUACUUCAGCGACAUCGUGGGCUUCACCACCAUCUCCGCCGAGAGCACGCCGAUGGAGGUGGUGACUCUGCUCAACGACCUCUACACCUGCUUCGACGCCAUCAUCGACAACUUUGACGUUUACAAGGUAAACGCGCGUUUCUUUCCUCCGACCUGUUCCUGGGUCAACUCUGAGCAACAGGGCGCAUCGCCAUGGAGACCAACUCACAAUAAGGACGACGUUUAG